AUGCUCGGUUUCACUGAUGCUUGUGUCAAUACACAGAUUUACUCUUUUGUCACCGUAGCUUAUGAACACCAAACUCGUCAGGCAUUUGCCAUACAUAAGUUCUUUCAUGCAGUGUCAUGUACAGUAUGUAUGUUUUACGGAAGUAAUCUCAAACUACAAUGGCAGUUAACUCCUCUUGCUAUAGCUGCUAUCAUUGCAGCUCUCACUUUCUUCAUAGCAGAAAAACAUUCCACAGUCUUUAAGAAAGCAGAAAAUGAUAUUGAUCGGAGUUAUAGUUUGUAA